GAUGACCGUCCGGAGCGCCCACGGUCGCUUGUGUUUUCAACAGCUGUCGAAAUAACUGGCCCAAAUUUCGUGACGCUCUUUUCGCUUUCCCGUGCAGGCCACUUUCCCAAAAGCAAGCCUCCCGCUGCCCUGCCAGCUCAUUUCCCUGCUGCAAAUCUGGCUUUCCGGACGGGUUUACCGUAACGCCGUUUGUUGCGUUCGAGAGCCGUCUGAGUUUGUGGGUGUGUGGGUGGGGUGGCGCGCGGCGGUGUGGUGCUGUACGGAAACGGGAACGGGGUCUGUGGAGUGUGUGUGUGUGCGAGAAGGGAACAAUUGCGUCGAAUGUUGCUGUAACAGUGAACGACGGUGUUCGUGUGUGAGCGAGACCGAGCAAGUGCGAGGAAGUGUGUGUAGCGAGCAGCAAAGCCCCUCCCCCCUCCCGUUCGUUCCUUACCCCUCCGUUCCAAGCAGGUUGGCAGGAGCGUAGAUAAGCUUGGUGCAGAGCAGCGCGGCACCCCACCAACAGAGUACACCAUCACAUCGCAUCGAGUUUGCAUCAUUCCCUCUGCCCUGCCCGCGUUUCCCCAUUGCUCUGCCAAGGAAGUCGGAGUCCGGUGUGGGACAUGUUCCGUGCACGCAAACAGCCUGGCAAGCGACCAACAGCGGACAGUGGCAAUGGGUUUCGUGCGAAAAAGUUCCGAACGGACCAGCAGGUGCCGACGAUCGAGGACGGCCAGCGGCCGGUGAAUGGACCCGUCCCGGACGAGGGUGCCGCGGUAGGGGCGGGCGACCGGGACGGUGCGGAGGAUGCGACGGCCAACAUGAGCAAGUACGCGCGGCGGAUCGUGCGCGGCCAGACGGGCAAUGUUUUGCUCGAUUGCGAAAUCCCGCGGUACGGUACGCCGGUCGAGCGGAAGCGCUGCCGGAAGGCGGGCGACUUUGUGAUCGGGUACGAGCUGGGGACGAGCCCGGGCGUGCCGCAGACGCAGUAUCUGGCCCGCCGGCAGGGCACCAACGAGUUCUAUCUGCUCAAGAUUCUCAGCUUCGAUCCGGAAACGGAAAUCGUGGACAAAGAAACGCUCCAGGGCAAGGUGCUGCUGCACAACGAGUUCACGCUGCUCUCGAUGCUGGACGAUCUGGAGGGCGUCAUCCACCAGCACGGCUUCUUCAGCGAUUACGCGUUCGAGGAGCGGCAGAUCGAGCGGGACGACGGUACGAUGGCAUCGAUCUACACCGGGCGCAUCCGGCGGCGGUUAAUACUCGUGCUAGACUGUGUGCAUGCGCACGAGUUCUGUGACGAAUCGGGCGCGUACAUUAGCCUGCAGCGGCACAUUUCCGUCGCCCGGCUGAGCGAGCGGGACGCGCUCGAGCUGUUCUACGAGGUGGUGAAGGUGGUGGAGCAGCUGCACGCCCGCAACAUCAUCCAUCGCGAUCUGAAGCUGAACAAUAUUGUGCUGGACCGGCGGACGGGGCGCAUCGUGCUGACGAACUUCUUUCUCGGCAAGCAUUUGAUCAACGAGCAGGAGUGUUUGUUCGAUCAGCGCGGCAGCCCGGCGUACAUUUCGCCCGACGUGCUAGGGGGGAAGCCGUACAGGGGGAAGCCGUCCGAUAUGUGGGCCCUCGGGGUGAUACUGUACACGAUCGUGUACGGGAAGUUUCCGUUUCUGGACACGACACCGUCCGCGUUGUUUCGGAAGAUCCGUGAGGCGGAUUACAGCAUUCCGAGUGGCUUCAACACUACGCACGAGACGAAAAGCCUCAUCAAGCGCAUGCUGACGCUCAGCCCGGACGAGCGGCUGACCGCAACCGAGGUGCGCAUCGAGCUGGAGCAAAGCUUGCGCAAGUUCCGCCGGCCGCGCACUAACUGCGAUCAGCUCGUGCCGGAAGUGGCGGCGGAAGUGGCACUGUCAGCAGCCCCACAGAUAGCACCCACCCUACCCACCACUGCCGCCGAGCAGCAGCAGCAGCUCGUCAUUGAUCAAUCGAUGCCGGCCAGCAAGGAACCGUUCGGUUCCUUCUCAUCCCCCCCGGAACCGAUGGACGUUGACCGACCGACGGCGGUGGAGGGUGAAAAGGACGCCUCGUCCAAACCCCCGACGCCCCGGUUCGAGCUGAGCACGGAACAGUUUUCCCGCACGCUGGAAGCGAACGUCCGGGACGGGGAAACGUCGUCCUCCGCCAAGCACACCAAGCCCGACCGUACGUACAAGGUGAAGACGACGACGUACCGGUUCAUCCCUCCGACCGGUGGGGAAGGUUCGUCGUCGUCUGCCUCCUCCCCCAUCCAUGUCACGUCGCGCGAAUCGCAAACGCGCCCAGCUACCGGGUCACUUUCAGGGGUUAAUGGUGGCCGACGGACGCAUACACCGGCCGCCACCAUUACCAUUCCCGCUGCGGGCGACGGGCAGUCGCUGGCCAGCGCGGGCAGUCGGAACUGGAGCCGGUUCAACUUCAACCUGAAUCUACAGUACACCGCCAGCUCGUACAACAGUGCGGCGAGAGCCGUUGCCGCCGCGAUCGCUGCCGUGCACAGUGUUGGUUCUUCCAAUGCGGCAAAUCGUGCGCGUAUGGAAAGAAUUCGCACUGAACCCGGUACCGCGAACAACGGCUCGAGCGCUGCCCCUAAUGGUUCGACCAAUCCAUCGCUCCCACGACUGGUGAGCGUUAGCCAAACGGUGCGGAUGGUCCGUUCGGGCGAGGGAACGCAACCACCGCAACAACAAUCCUCCUCCUCGCCACCGUUAAUCAUUAACGGUCCGGCGGUCCAAGGUGAUAUUCCGAUGGGCGGCCCCGAACAGCAGCGACCGCCGGGCAACGGUACGACAAGACGACCCCCGCUAGGGACGCUAACACCGGCCGCCCAGCGGCUGUACGCCAUCAUGAACUACAUAUCGCAGAACAACCGCCCGCCGGGUGGGAACAAUCCACGCCCACCGGUAGCAUCGGUGGCACCGGAAAAUGAUCCCACAGUGGCGAUCGUUGGUGUUGGUGGUGUCGCCAUCGGGCUCGAUUUUAAUGGCAUCAUUACGGCGGACAUGGCGGACAAGAUAGUGGCGUAUCUGAUCAUCCAUCUGCGCACCGUCGACUGGGUGGCCAGCGUGUUCCGGUCGCCGGACGGGGGCGGCAGCAUCGAUCCGGAGCAGCGCGUCAACAAUCUGCUCGAGCUGCUGCGCCAGCUCGGCGUGCGGAUGGAGGCGUGCAACGGGCAGAUCGUGAUCCGGGCCGAGCAAACCCGUGACAGGCAGCAGUUCCUCAGCCUGCUGCUCCGCAUCGCUGGCUACAACGACAAGUACUUUCACCAGCGGGCUUAGCUUCUUAGUCUCCUUUUUCUCCCCUUGGUCCGUAAUGGUUUCCGGGAUUGAAAUAGAGAGAGAGAGGACGGAGAGGCAAAAACAUCGGGAAGCUAGCUAGGGUAAAAAACAUUAGUGAACUAUCUCGGCAGCCGACACAACCGCGGAAUGAUGGUGCGUUCCCGUUCCCGUGUCACCUUCAUUAGCUCACCCUUUUAACAGGCGUUUUGUUUUGGGUUCUUUUUUCUCGACUGACUCGACUGAAUUCAUUAGCUCAUUAGUAAAUUGUAGUCGCUCCGUUUUUCGUUUUGCUCCCGGGGCUUUCCCCGGCCUAUUAUUGCCCAUUAUUGGCGACACACUCGUUUGCGUUAAAUUAGCGUGUUCAAUCACACUCACUAAUUGGUUUGUGGCGCACGCUCGCCGGGGGGGAGGGGGUUUAACUUUCUCACUCACGUUUAGCUAGGAAAGGCGGGGCAAGGUAAUCCUCGUUCCCAUCCGCAGAAAACACACGGAUUUAUUUUAUUUAGUCCUCUUUCGAAGGAUGGCGAGCGAGAACAGGCUCUUUUAUGAUUUAUUGGAAAAAUAAUUAAACUAUAUAUAUUUUUUAUGUUAUUGAAUGGAAAGAAUUUUCACGAACUGGAAAAAAAAACAAAUUACUAACUAUUAUGCUUUAUAUAUUGAA